AGAAAAUUCUUUUAAUGAUAACGCAACUAGAAAAAAAACAAAUAGAGCUGAACGAGGGAAAAGCUUUUCGAAUGAAGUAGUAUCCUUAAACUCUAAAGGAGGUAUACUCACAAUCAACUACAAAACAAUUAUAGGAGUUAAGGCGAACGACGCUAUGGAGAUCGAAUGGAAUAAUGGUGUACUCAAGGUCAAUGGAAAAACAAUAGAAGGGUUCGAUGAUAUAAGAGGAAACGGACGUGUUGAAUUAGGAUCUAAUACAUUUAUGGAUUACACUAACUAUGGCGAUGAUGAGAAUGACGAAGAUGAGAUACACACUGAGAUGAGUGAAGAAUUCAAAAUAUUAGAUCAGAAUAUAAACGCAGACUUUAGUGGUUGCAGUCUCAAGAUCAACGGGAAAAUAGUUUCUAGAAAGGAGGGCAAAAAUGUACAUUUUAUUAAUGAUGAAUUAGUGCUCAAAGGGAAAACAGUUAAAUAUGAAGAUCAAGAUACUAGAUCAAGAUUUUACAACAUUUGGAGGCGGUUAUGGAGUAAAUUACAAUUAUGACGAUGGGAUCACAAAUGACAGCAAAAGAAUUUCGGGAC